CAAAGCUUAAUCUUCAAUUAAGAAAUCUCUCUUUGCAGUUUGAGUCUCAACUGACCAUCCAGAAAUCCAAGUUCGCAAUUCUGAAGAACGAAAUUGAACCGUCAUUCAUGGCGGAUCUGCAACAUCAACCACCGUUGUUGCCAUUGUCAUCGCCUCCGCCGCCUCGUUCAGCCACCGAUUUCUUCGGCGAUCCAAUCGACUCUCAUCCUCUAUGGUUCAAACAAUCUUCCUUUCUCCGGAAAGACUUCGAGUCCGAAGCUUAUAUCGCCGAUCUCAGAACAUUCGUACCGUUAGAAACUCUCAGAUCGGAGCUUCAGUCUCACUUGUCCUCUCUUAAGCACGAGCUUGUCGAGCUCAUUAACCGUGACUAUGCCGACUUUGUUAACCUCAGUACUAAGCUUGUCGACAUUGAUGCUGCUGUUGUUAGAAUGCGAGCCCCGUUGUUCGAGAUCCGGGAGAAAAUCGUUGUGUUCCGAGGAACAGUUGAAGGAUCUCUCGUUACGCUUCAGAAUGGGCUGCAGCAGCGGGCUGAAGCGUCUGCUGCUAGAGAGGUGUUGGAAUUGUUGCUCGAUACGUUUCAUAUCGUGUCAAAGGUUGAGAAACUGAUAAAGGAGCUUCCUCUGGUGGCUGCUGAUUGGUCUAGUGAAGAUGUAAUUACAAAGGAAAAAGGUAAUAUAAGCAAUGGGAUCUCCUUACAACAUGCAGACAACGACACAAAUCUCAGAGAAACUCAAAGUAUGCUUUUGGAGAGAAUUGCCAGCGAAAUGAACCGUUUGAAGUUCAAUGUUGUUCAUGCACAGGACCUGCCGUUCAUUGGGAACAUGGAGAAGAGGAUACAAAGUGUUAGCUUGUUACUUGAUGCUAGUUUGGGUCGCUGUUUUGUGGAUGGGCUGGAACAUAGAGAUGCAAACGUUAUAUACAAUUGUCUGCGUGCAUAUGCUGCCAUUGACAAUACCAGUAGUGCUGAGGAAAUUUUCCGUUCAAAUAUUGUAGAACCAUUAGUUCAGAAAAUCAUUCCACAUGGUACCUCAGGGGAGAUGGUUGAAGGGUCACUGGGAGAUGAACUUGAGGAAGACUAUAAACAAAUAAAACAAUGUGUGGAAAGGGAUUGUAAAUUUUUACUGGAGAUUGCUUCUACUGAAAACUCGGGUUUACAUGUGUUUAGCUUCUUGGCCAAUUCAAUCCUUAAGGAGGUUCUAUCAGCUAUAUCAAAGGCAAAACCAGGAGCUUUUUCUCCUGGAAGACCUGCCGAGUUCUUGAAAAAUUACAAGGCCAGCCUCAAUUUCUUGGCUCAUUUGGAAGGCCAUUGUACGUCCAGAUCUGCAGUUGCAAAAUUUAGAGGUGAGGCUGUUUAUGUGGAUUUCAUGAAGCAAUGGAAAGUUGGGGUCUACUUCUCAUUGAGAUUCCAGGAAAUUGCUGGAUCUUUGGAGUCUGUACUUGCAGAUACUGGUCUUGUCCCGGUUCAGAAUCCACAAUCUGAUAAAGAAAACCACAAUGCUUUAACAUUAAAACAAAGUGCCACUCUUUUGAGCUGCCUAAGAUCCUGCUGGAGAGAAGACGUUCUUAUUCUUUCUUGCUCUGAUAAAUUUCUUCGAUUGUCUUUGCAACUCCUUUCGAGGUAUUCCAGUUGGUUAUCAGCUGGGUUGGCUGUACGAAGAGCUGGUAAUGCAGCCUCUAAUCCUGGAUCUGAACGGGCUAUUUCUGCUUCCCAAGAUGAUUAUGUACUGAUUAUACAUGAUUUGAGAUCUUUGGCAAAAGAGGUUUAUGGUGAUUUCCUGGAGCACAUACUUAAGUUACUUAAUUCAUGUUCCAGUGAAGUAAUUGAAAUUGUAAGAAACAGCAUCUUACAAGGUGGAAAAUCCUUGAAGGAUCUUAUACCGUCGGUGAUUGAUGCAAUAACACUGAGUCUAGUUGACAUGUCUGUCGAAGAUUUGAGACAAUUGAAAGGAAUAACUGCAACAUACAGGAUGACUAAUAAACCCCUUCCUGUUAGGCAUUCCCCUUAUGUUUCAGGUGUACUACGACCACUAAAGAACUUUCUGGAUGGUCAGAAUGCUACUCCAUAUUUUACUUCUGAAGACAAGAAUGAAGUAGUACAAAAUGCUGCUUUAAAGAUUACAGAUCAGUAUCAUGAGCUAGCAUCCGAUCUCGUCAGUGUGGCGAGGAAAACCGAGUCUUCCCUCCAAAGAAUACGUAAAGGUGCACAAAGACGUGCUGGAGCAAGCUCCGAUGUAUCCGACAGUAAUGUGUCCGAUACCGAUAAAAUGUGCAUGCAGCUAUUUCUCGACAUUCAGGAAUAUGGUCGUAAUCUUGCCACUCUUGGGGUUAAAGCCGAAAAUAUUCCAGCUUAUAGAGACUUAUGGCAUUGUGUAGCUCCUCAAAACCGACAAAACGUGAUAAGUUUCUAAUACUAAUCCUUCAUUUGGAAACGCGCUUUCUGUCAAAUUUGAAAACUGAAUUUAGUUUUGUACAGAUUCAGAAAUUUAUUGACGAUUUCUCAUCUGGAUCUAGAUACAGAACAUAGGGUGUUACCAAAUAUGUAUUUUGUUUCCAUUGGAAAUCCUGUUUUUAUUUUUCGAGAAACAUUUCAUCGCUCCUAAAAAAGACGGUUUUAUAAGUAUAUAAUAAUAUAUAUAUCUUUCAUUGUGAUACGACCCUUUUAUUCAUUUCUUUGUAAUUGCUUAUGUAGACACAAUUAUUAUGUGGUACUCUUACAUAGGAAGUGUAGAAAUUUUGUAGCUUAUGACUUUAAAGUUCUUGUAUCGAACAUUUGAUAUUUACAUCGAGUAUGGAAUUAUUGUGC